AAUUGCACUCGUACCGGCCGUACGGCAUACGCAGCCAUUUCGAAUACAGUGCGCAAUCCUGGAUCGGUGUUUGUUAAGCUGAUUGUUUUCCUUUAUUGCUUUAUAGUACAAUCUGCGUUCCCAUUUUUCUGGGAUACAGAUUAACCUUAAACACUUGUUAAAUGACGGAUUUUGCGAGCGAUAUAACGACCGCGGAAGCACACACUAAUGGUGGUGCUGAAGAGGAGAAUAGUAGCAGUCAGAACACGGAUACUGGUACGGGUGAGAAUAGUGAGAUGCAGUUCAAAGAAGAAGAAAUCGAGUCAGAACAGACGGGGGGUUCCUCGCAGCAGCAGGAGCCCACGGAGCAGGGCCAGAACGGGGGAACCGCUGCACCGGCAGAGAAUGCCAACCAGAACCCCCCUGAGCAAACCCAUUUUCAGAAUGAUAAGGGCCAGCAGGAGCCGGAGCAGAUGCGGAAGCUCUUCAUCGGCGGCCUGACAUACAACACCACCGAAAUGGAUCUGCGCAGCCAUUUCUCCAAGUACGGCGACAUUGUCGACGCCGUGGUCAUGCAGGAUCCGCAAACCAAGAAGUCACGCUGCUUCGGCUUCAUCACUUACCGACGCGCCUCCAUGGUGGAUGAGGCGCAAAAGAAUCGGCCCCACAUCAUCCACGACCGCACUGUCGAGCCCAAACGAGCCAUUCCCCGCGAGAUGUCUGGUAAACCUGGUACACAAGCCACAGUGUGCAAGGCUUUCGUGGGCGGCAUCAAAGAAGGCCUGGAAGAAGCGGACCUGCGUGAUUAUUUCAGUAAAUUCGGCGCCCUCACCAGUGUGGACAUCAUCACGGAGAAGGGGUCUUCCAAGAAACGCGGCUUCGCUUUCGUCACAUUCGAAGACUACGAUGUUGUCGAUAAACUUGUCUUAAUGAGGAAUCACCAUGUGAAAGGAUUCAGAUUAGAAGUACAGAAGGCCGUCGCCAAGGAAGACAUGCGGGAGAGUGGCGGCGGCGGUGGUGGGCGUAAUGAUGACCGCGACUACCACCGCGAUGGCGGCCGUGGCGGCGGGGAUCGCUAUGGUGGAGGCCGAAGCGGCGGAGGUGGCGGUUACGGUGGGGAACGCGAGCGCGAAAGACGGCACGAUCGGGGCGACCGUGGUGGUCGCGGUGGUGGCGGCGGUCGUCACAGUGGCGGUGGUGGGGAUUCGUAUCGGGACGAUCGCGGAUAUGGCGCUGGGCCUUCCCCGCGGGGCGGUGGUGGUCAUGGUGGCGGCGGCGGAGGUCGCAUGGGUGGCGGAGGCGGCGGGGAUGAUCGGUACGCUUCGUAUGGAUCUCGCGGCGGCAGUGGUCCCCAGCAGCAACAGCAGUAUGGAGGCCCGCCUGCUGGAAAUUCUGGCGGUUCGCGUGUAGCAGAAUUAUCUGGAAAUUCUGGUGGUGGAUCGCGUUAUGUAGAAUUAUCUGGAAAUUCUGGCGGUGGAUACGGGCGUAGCAGUCACAACGCCAGCGGAUGGAACGCCGAGCCGGCCGGAAACGACUAUGGCGGUGGUUAUGGUCAAAGUAACGCCGGAGGCUACGGUCAGAAUAGCGCCCCCGCGGCGCCGUCGUACGGGUACAAUCAGGGUGGUGGAGCGCCCCAGCAUUACGGCGGAAGCAACAGCGGAGGGGGUGGUGCGGUUCCCGCCUAUUCCAGCUAUAGCCAACAGCCGGCCAAUGACUACGGGCGCUACAGCCAGCAGGCGCCGCAGUAUCAGCAACAAGCAGCUCCACAGCAGCAGUAUGGGGGCGGCGGAUACGGCGGUGUCGGUGCGCAGAAUAUGGAUUAUGGAGAUGACUAUGGCGGGGGUGGUGCAGUGGGCGGUCCCAUGCGCAGUGGCGGAUAUGGGCAAGGCGGAGGAACGCCCGUAAGCGGCGGUGGACAGGGCGGGGGCGGUCGGCCUGGGCCCUAUCAGCAGAGGAAGUCGCCGUAUCCUGGUCGUAAGUCUGAAGAAGGUGGAUACGGCGGCGGAGGUGGUGGAGGACGUGGAGGCCGCGGCGGUGGUCGUGGUGGCGGCGGCGGUGGAUUCCGGCGUUGAGACGGUCAGAAAUCAGUGAAGAGGCAGGGAGAGCGUGUGCGCGCGAGCGAGCUUAUGUUGUUCGGUUCAAUGGUUGAUUCUCUGCAGGAGGUUUCAGUGAGAAAAGUUGCGUUGAUAUUCAUCGCGCGUUCUAGCAGCGACACUGCAGCCCACACAUGUGUAUCUCAUAACCGUUUCUGUUGUCCUUAUAUCCGCCGCGAUUCAUGCAUUAGCCAGAUAUAGCAGGAGUGUAUUUAUCGUUUUUUUGUCUUGGGAAUGUCUGUUGCGGUUUAAUAUUUACUGUUUUUUUGUUGUGUACACAUGGUUGGAUUCCAUACAUUCUUGUCACUAUUACCGAUUCUUCCUGUUGAAUUCGAGGUUGGUUUCCCUGCGUCCAGAUUGGUUGGUUGGUUGACCUUUUUUACAUUUGAUCUGUAUAGUUUUGGCGUGCAUCCGCGCCGACUUGAUUUGGUGAGUUAACUAUUAAUGCAAGUGCAUUUUAUUAGCACGAUAUGUUAGUUGUUAAUGGCUUGGAUGAUAAUUAUUAUAUAAAGAAAAGAGAGAAAAGGCAUUUCAAGACAAUUCCCGGGUAUUCUAGACAGCUUGCGCUAGCGAAAAAUUACAUUUCGGAAAUUCAGUACCGUUUGUACAAUAAAAAAUAUUGAAAAUAUUCGGUGCGCAGUUUUGCGAUGCAAUAAAUACUGCAAAAGAAUUGGUUGUUCUGAAGACAAAACAGGUGAAAAUGCAGGUAGUAGAAAUAUGGCUAGGUGGAGCUGAACGUCGCUGUUUGAGGAUCUGAGAGUCCCGGAUAUGAGGAUUCAGGAAAAACUGGAUGUGCGCCGUAAAGAUUCAUGCACCGAUUGUUGCUCAAUGUGUAAACAGGCGCGUCAGUCGUCAGGCAGACAACGAGACAGAAGUUUGGAGAAAGUGUUGUUUCUGUGCGGGUUUUGUUUUUCUUCUACGGAUAACGGUACCUUUUCC